UUUUCUUCACCUUAUCUCCGUUCUACUUCUCUCCAAUUUUCCCUUUUUUUUAACACUCCAAAUUAAACAACCUCUACUGAAAUUUCCUCUAUUACACUCACCACCACCAUGUUCACCGCAACCAAAGUAGCUUUCACAUUAACACCCCCUCGUCCAUGUUCUACACCUCCCCCAACACCUUCCGUUCCAAUCUCUUCUUCUCUUUCUCGUCCUCACCUUAUUCACUUCAACUCCCGUCGAUUAUGCCUUCGCCGGAGACUUUUCCUACUUUCACCUAAAGCCACCGCAGAUCAACAAGGGAAGGUUGAAGAAUUUGAAGGAGAUGCUGUUGAUAGUAAUGUUCUUCCGUAUUGUAGCAUAGAUAAAAAAGAUAAGAAAUCCGUUGGUGAACUCGAGCAAGAGUUUCUUCAAGCGCUCCAAUCGUUCUACUAUGAGGGAAAGGCCAUUAUGUCGAAUGAAGAAUUUGAUAAUCUCAAGGAAGAACUCAUGUGGGAAGGAAGCAGUGUUGUUAUGCUAAGUUCGGAUGAACAGAAAUUUCUUGAAGCUUCUAUGGCAUAUGUGUCUGGAAAUCCAAUUUUGAAUGACAAAGAGUAUGAUGAGUUGAAAAUGAGGCUAAAGAGGGAAGGGAGUGAAAUUGUUGUUGAGGGUCCAAGGUGCAGUCUUCGAAGUAAAAAGGUUUACAGUGACCUGUCUGUUGACUAUUUAAAGAUGUUUCUGCUGAAUGUCCCAGCCACCGUGAUUGCAUUAGGAUUGUUCUUCUUCCUUGAUGAUCUGACUGGAUUUGAAAUCACUUACUUGCUGGAGCUUCCGGAGCCUUUUAGUUUCAUUUUCACUUGGUUUGCGGCUGUUCCUCUCAUCGUAUAUCUAGCUCUAUCACUAACAAGGGCCAUUAUUAAAGAUUUUGUGAUUUUAAAGGGUCCCUGUCCAAACUGCGGAACUGAAAAUACCUCCUUCUUUGGGACUAUACUGUCAAUUUCAAGUGGUGGUUCCGACAACAAAGUCAAAUGCUCUGAAUGUGCAACUGAAAUGGUGUAUGAUUCAACUACAAGAUUGAUUACAUUGCCAGAAGGAAGUAAAUAAGUAAAGCCUAAGUGGAGGUAUUCCUGGAACCACAUUCGUUGUUUAAGCAAUGGAAGCUCAUUAAUGGGAGUUACUGUGAAAGUGACAAAUUUACCAAUCAGCAACGUGUUGUGUUAUGUGUCAUGUUAUCACUGUCACACAUAAUAGUUUGAAUGUGUCACUAUUCUACUUGUAAGUAUAUGGGCUUUGGAUACUUGUAAGUAAUAUGGACUCUGUAUAGCAUACACUGCAUUGUUUACUGGAAGAGUUAUGAGGGUGCUUAACACCAUCAAUGAGUCUAACCUAAAUAAUGUGUGUAAGGAGUUUUGCUACACGCUUUUCAAGAAUUUCCUUGUCUGCAAA